CUGUUGACAUUGGAUAAGGACAGAGAAUAAAACCCCAUCUAACUGGGAAAAAGGAGGGACCCCCUUUCAGAAUGGACAGACAUGCAACAAAUGUUGUGUAUGUUGGUAGAAAAUACCAGUGAUUGUAGCAGAAAUAUAUAGCAAAAUAAUAUGAAAGAAAAUUACAAUAUUAGGUAAAUAAGGAGCAAACUUACAUGAAGAUUCAGAGAAGACGUCCAGCAACUUGCAGUGGUGUUACAUAAUGUAAAUACAUAAAAAUGAAUGCACAUAUAAUGACUUACUUGUGGCAGGUUAUGUGCAGGAAUGAUUUACACACAUGCACAGCUCUGUGUGGAUUUCUCAACCUCUCUUGCUUUGCAGAGUGUGCUUUGGCCUGAGUGCUGACAUGGAACACAACCUGACGGAGCUUCAACAACAGCAAACGGCCAAGGAAUUUAACUACAAUAUCUCCCUGCCCCAAUCUCCAUUCUACUCCGAGUCUUAUCGCCUACCGUCUGACAACAUACUGCGGCCCCAUGAGGGAGACCAGGUGGUCCCCUCUUCUCAGAGACGGACAGUAUUCGGGGGCCUCCAGAGAGAGACCAAACCCCUGCCGCCUCUGCCUGACCCUGAGGAGCUCAUGGCGGAUGAAGCAGCUGAUAACGAGGUGGAGUUUUUCACCAGUGACAGACAGCGCCUUUUGCCCAAAAGCUGCCCCAAGGCCGUGUCCAGGGGCAGUAACAGAGACUGUGGCCAAGUAAAUCAGGCCUACCAGGAGAGCUCAUUGCGCGCAGGUGCUGCUGGGGUUGGCUCCAUGGCUUUCUCCUGGCCAAGCAGAGAGGACAGACCAACAGGUAGAGGAGGUGGGUUUGUAGCCUAUAACUGGGCACCUGCUCUCCACAGAGAAGACCAUCAGCAUGUGGCGUCAGCAGGUGGGGAUCCUUUGUGUAGCAAACAGCCGGACGAACACCAUUCCUCCAGAUUUCGUUUUUCCCUCUCAGGCCCUGCUUUCCAGCCACUCAGCAGCACCGCAGCCUGCCCCUAUGACAAGCCACAAAUCCCUCCUCGUAUCCCCAUCCCUCCAAAACCUCCUGCUCUCUCGAAGACUGAGGAGGACAAGCCUCCCAAAAUUCCUCCAAGGGUCCCUUUAGUCCCGCCCUGCCCACCACGUACCCCGAGCCCCAAAAGCCUUCCAAUUUAUAUCAACGGUGUGAUGCCUGCCACUCAGAGUUUUGCUGCUAACCCAAAAUAUGUGAGUAAGGCAUUACAGAGACAGCACAGCGAAAGGUCGCCACCUGCAGCUCAGUUUUCUCCCUGCAUUGUUCCUAUUUUGAAGGAUGGCAGACAGGCCAGUGCCACACACUACAUCCUCCUGCCGCCGGGCCGACCGCCGUACACAGACAGACGAGAGAGACUCCUCAGUGAACCGGCGAGGAUGGGAAAUGCUGGCGUCUGGCAGAACAGAUAGAAACACUCACUUAUGUCACUACUUGAUGACUACAGAACUGUGACUGGCAUCGUGUGAAAACAUCUUCAUGCUACAUUUGCAUGUCUAAUAUCGUACUGGUGUUAUUUUCAAUGCCUGAUGUAUUCUAAGAUCACUGAUACCGGACCACACUGUGAGGUUUUUGUCUGUUUAUAACUGAACAUUUACCAGUCAGUAUUUUAGCAACGCCUCCUCUAGUUCAACCCAGAAAACAUCAUAACAUUCCAGUGUUUUCACUAAUAGUAGAGAAAUAUUUUCCUUUGCUUUUAAAUCUGACAGCCACACGCUCAUAUCACUACAAGAAACUGAGCUAAUACUAUAUUUCUUAAAAGUGAGCAAAUAAUUACUGUAUGCACAAGCUGGGCUUGUACAUGUGUUUUUUUUAUGACAAUGCUGCUUUAAAUCAUGAGUGUAAUGUAUUGAUAGAUUUAAUGUUCUGCAGAAUCAUUCUCACGUUAAGAUAAUUAUCUAUGUUAAAUUUGACAGUGACCAAUGUGGCCAAUAUUGGAAUGACACAGGUUUUAAACCACAGUGAUAUGAAAGAGUUCACCUGACCAGACUCUUUCUUUAUAAAGUUUCAAGAGAGUUUCCAAGUUUCCAAGAUGUAAAUGCACUUAACUUUUGUUAAGGAGUUUAUUUCAAAGUUACACCGAGCUACAUUCUACCUACAAAAUACUCAACAUUAUCAUUUCAGGUAUUGAUUUGUUCAUUGUAUUCUAUUCUCAUGUGCACAGCCUUUAAUUUAUUUAAAGGUACAUUCUGUGAUCUUAAUGCAAACAGAAGAGUAGCCAGACCUCCAAAGUUCAGAACAGAUGACUGAAACCUGCUCUUACAUUGAUUGACCUCUGAUACGCAUAUGAAAAACACAAGCCAACAUCUAAGUCAUACAUGUUUUCUGUUGCUGUUAAAGGUUUUACACCAGCUGUGUUUAUAUACAAGUAUGUAAAACAGGCCUUUAUUUUCGAUCAUGAUGAGUUGAUAAACACUAAAUAUGAAUAAUUAAGGCAAGCUGUUCCAUAAUGUAUGUGAAUUUAGCUCAAAUACUGCAAAUGUGGUAAAAAAAUGUACAGGUUGGACCUUUAAUGAUUCCUUUUGUGUCUGUGUGUGAGCAUGGAAAUCAUGUUACAUUUACACUGUUGACGUGCAGACCCACAUUCACAGCCUUUGUUACAACAAUGGGUUGGAAGUUCUCAUGAAUGUUCUCUGUCAAAUUUGACCUGAGAAAAGGCUGUUUGUAAGUUCAAGAUGUUGUUGUGUCAAAUCAUUGAGAAAUUGUGUUUUUAAUCUAUUUAUAGAAAUAAAAAUAACUUAUUCAUUCUA